ACGCGACGUGAGCGCCCCGCCGUCGAUGCGCCAGGCAGUGGCAGAGCGGGCGCCGUGGCCCCGGGUUCCGGGGUGGAAGUGGUGGCGAGUACGUGGCGGAGCGGGGUUCGCCCGGCGAAGAGCCUGCGAGGGCUGGCGACCGAGGCCGGGCGCUGUGAGCGUGUGCGAGGCGGCCUGCGCCCGUCCCCACCCCUUCCCUCCCCUCCCCGCUAUAAAGGCAGUGCCGAGGGAUGCUGAGGCUACACAGGGAGCUCGGGCGGCAGUGCGGGUGUGUCGGUAACGCGUUGUGUCACAUGGCGAAGAGACCUGAGCUCCUGUGCGGAGCCUUGGCCGUCAUCUGCACCGUGGUCACCCUGCGCUUCGCCCUGAGUCGGGCAAAAGAUGUGGUCAAAUUGGCUCCACCACCUGUCCGGUUUCUCUCCCCCAACUCCUCCGUGAUUGAUCUUUACAUGGGACAGCUAGACCAAGUGGAGAGACACUGUCGCUUAUCUGAAGUUUGCGUUAUCCUCUUUUAUGCCCCUUGGUGUGGAGAGUCGAUUUCUGUCAGGGAAGAAAUUGAUCAGGUUGCAGGAGAGCUUCAGGAACAGGUGCUGUUCCUUGCUGUAAACUGCUGGUGGCAUCAGGGGAAGUGCAGGAAGCAGAUGAAUCUCUUUUAUUAUCCGGUGAUUCAUCUAUAUCAGAGGAGAUUUGGCCCUAUUGAGUACAGGGGACCUCUUACAGCUGCUUAUAUUCAUAGCUUCAUUCAAAGAGUUAUGAGCCCACUUCAGUAUAUCCCAACUCAUUCAGGUUUGCUGGACUUCCUUUCCCACUAUGAGCCAGGUGUACUUGGAUAUUUUGAGUUCAACACCUCACCACAGCCUCCUGGUUUUUUGACGUUCUACAUCUCUGCAUUGCAUGCACUAAAAAGAGAUCAUCAAGGAACAAUUCGUUUUGGUGUGAUUACAAGCAAGCAGGUGGCUAAAGAAAUAUCUGUAACUGAUCCUGGAACAAUUUAUAUGCAUAGACAUUUCAACGCUUCCUUAGUCUUUCCCCAUGAGAUCCUAAACUUCACUGCAGUGAAUGUCUACAGCUGGGCUUAUGAGAAUAGAGAGACCUUUAUACACUGGUUGCGACCACAUGGAAGCAAGAGUCUGCUCCUGAAUAAUGAGCUUAAGAAAGGGCCGGCUUUGCUAUUGUUUUUCCCCUUCAGCCCAUUAGCUGAAAAACAGCCACUGAUGGAGGAGAUAACAGAAGUUAUUCUUCAGUAUCGCAACUGUAAUGCCAGCAAGACCAUUCAACGUAUACUGCAAUAUUUGGAAAAGACUGAGCAGGCAGAUCAGGAAGUUCAUUCGACAGAGUCUUUCUUCUGGACUAGAAAACGUUGUUGUAACACAGUAGUGCCUUCCCAUUGGCAUUCUGUAGCUCAGACCCACAACGUAUGUGAGCUUUGUAUUAAUCAGACUCUUGGAAUUCAGCCAGGUGUGGUCCACAUUUCAGAAUGCAAUUUCAUAGAGAUGGAAGCAGCUCUGGAUUCAUUCUACCUCAGAGAGCAGACAUUUUUCCAAUUGCAAUCGAGGAUUGUAGAAUGCAGCAAUUUCUUGAGCUAUUACAGCCCAUUCAGUUAUUACACUGCUUGCUGCAGGACAUUCAGCAGUCCAAUUACAUCUGAACAUUUUGAUGCCCUUGUCUCUUCAGAACUGUUUUCCAGUGCAGAGCACAGCCAGGGGAUGAUUUCACAUAAUUUUCCUCACAUUGAGGAUAGAACAACUGGUCUUUUUGAUUUGCAUCGUACUCACAUUGCAGGACUGAGUUGUAAUACUAAUAAAACUCUAAACUUUUACUUACUGGAUUCAAACUUGCACUGGAGAUUUGCAACUAGAUUAGGAGCCAGUGAAUCUGCACAAGUGCAAGAAUUUGCUACCAUUGUUGAUCUAUGGGACGAAGUUCAUUAUGUCUUCGACCAAAAACAAGUCCUUGAUAAAUCUUCGAUUGAAAGCAUAAUAAAAAAUUACAGCAGGGCAUACAGUCCAUUACUUCGGCAUCUUAUUGCUGGAACCAAAUCUAAAGCUCAGGAAGAAUAUUUAAUAGCUGAAGUAACAACUGAGACAUUCGACAAUAUUGUACUGGAUGUUGAAAAGGAUGUCUUGUUACUCUACUACACGCAGUGGUGUGGAUUUUGCACUGUUCUCAAUCAUAUCUUCCUUCAGCUUGCUCGUCUCUUCCAUGCCAAUGAUGGAGUUGUAACAGCCAGAAUCAAUGUUGCCAAAAAUGACCUUCCUUGGGAAUAUAUGGUUGAUCGAUUUCCAACUGUUCUGUUUUUCCCCAGAAACAGGAAAGACUUAAGUGUGAAGUACCCAGAGGAUCUACCAUUAACUGUCCCCAACCUGGUGAGGUUUAUUUUACUGCACUCUGCCCAGUUAGUUCAGCAGGACCCAUUCCACUCCUGUAACCCAGAGUGUAUCCAGAAAGCAGCUGAGCUGCAGAAAGACCGCAUUAGCCAGCUGGAGGAGGAGAUAAAGAGGCUCCAUGCAGAGAUGCAGGUGUUGCACCAGGCUGAAAAACAACUGGCUUCACAGCUGUCUAUGUCUAGGCACGAGGAACACCAACUGAAGAUCCACAACAAAGCUCUACAGGAGAAAAAUGAAAAGCUCAAACAUCACAACGAGAAACUAAAAGAUCUGUACCAUCAGAGGAACACCGAGCUAGCUGAAACAGCAGCAAAAUUAAAUGAGCUUGCAGCAGUAUCAAAAAAGUUGCUCAAUGAAAAUAUUUUACUAAAAACUUACAUGACUUCAAUUGAAGAGGAGCUGGAGAUAAAUACCUACCCUUCCUCAACACCAUUUCCCAUUGAAGAAUCUGAGUUAUCUUCCACUCAUUCAGAAAGUACAGGAGCUGAAUCUCCAAACUAG